AUGCUGAUAAAUGUACUACGUAAACCAAAGCUACGAGCACUUAAGAAAUUGCGAGAAUUUCAGUUUAUUGCAGAAAAUUGUCGAAGAUCAUAUAAUGGAGAAAGACUUCUUGUAGAUACACGCAAAAAGUUUUGGACAAAAUGUGGCAGAUUUUUUCCAUUACUUUAUCCAGAUCCAAAACCAACUCCACGUAAUGCGUAUGAACGAGUGUUUACAUAUGGCACAAGAGAAAAUGAUGUGUCACGGAUUGUGCUUAGUUUUCUUACUUGCGAAUUUGUGGGCUUAUUAUUCUUCAUUUCAAUUGCUUUGAAAUAUUCUGCUUUUCCUAGUCGAUUAGGUGUCUAUGUAGGCAUAGCUGUACAAUGUGUUUUGGGUCUAAUGAUACCAUUUCCAUCUCUUCGAGCUACCAUUUUAAUUGCAAGUACUAAAUUAUCAACUAAUCGACUUCGUUCUAUUAUCAUUAUGUUCAUCAUAUCAUGGUCUUUUCAGGUGUCAGCAAUGAAUACAACAAAGAACUUGGAGCUCCUUGCUGAAUCUGUUGCUUGCGUACGUGAUUCUGCAAUUAGAGUUGGAAAUGAGCUUGUUGCUGAAUCUAAUAUGCAAAAUAACAAGUUUUCAAUGCCAAAAUUGAAGGAGUUCGGCCAUUUCUUUAUACAAAAUGUGAGAAAAUUUCGGAAUACAGUACGCAAAUUACAAGACGUUGUUACCAAAUUUGGGAAACAAACUAAAGAUUUUAUGGUACAGUUGCUUUCAGUCAAGGAUUUUUGCCAUCGGUUUUUUAUUGGUCCUUAUUAUUAUUGCCUUCGAGUAUUUGACGAUGCAGCUCAGUUCUGUGAUCGCUUAACUAUUUAUCGUGGAUUCUCAGGCUGUAAAUUUAUUAAAGAUAUGAAAUCGAUUUGUGAGGUAGCAAGAUUCAAUGAAAUGGUCUGCAUGAUGCCAGGCAAAAUGAAAGAAGGCUUGAGCUCUGGCGUUCUCACAUUGGCAAAAGAUAAAAUGAAAAAUACUUUAAAUAAUGUUUUGGAUGGAUACAAUAUGAGUUUUUUCAUAAAAGAAGCUAAAGCAGCGAAAAAAACCUGGGAAGAAAUUGGCAUUUCCAUAAAUCAUACACUGGAACAGAAUCAGACUCAGUCAGUGCAAUUACAGAAAAUGAGAGAAGAAUUGCAACUGGUUUUGAACAAAUUCGAAAUUUUUGUCGAUAUUUUAUCUCAAAUAAUUAAAUUAAUCAUUUCCAAUCUGAUUGUUCUGACAUUGCUAACGUCUUUAUUGUAUACGAUCAAAUAUAAACGUCAUGAGGAAGCUGAUAAUGUUUAUAUAACAGAAGAAUUUCGGAAUAUUGAUAUGAUGAGAGAAGCUCAAGGACAGCCUUCUUUGCUUCCACUCCUCCCCUCUGAAAGACAUGAAUAUAUUGAAGGAUUCACAUUGCAUAUGACAACAAAAGAAAAAGUAAAAAUGUUAUUUGCAUUUGCAAUUACACUUAUUGGUGGUUUCUUGCCAGUUUUCCUUGUACUACUUGAUAUAUUCACAUAUAAAAUGCUCUACUUUACUUAUUCGUUCUUACAGUCCAAUACUACUCGUACAGAGAGAUUGAAUCAUUACAUUCUUAAAGUUUCUGGUGAAGGUUUUGUAGCGAAAUUAUUACAGCGUAUUUUGGAAUUAUUUAAUCCAAUAACAAAAAAAGAAUAUAGUGAUGAUAGCUGGCGUCAGUGCUUUAUGGAGCCAAAUCCACCUGAUCUACAAUUAAUACGGCUUAUGUUAUUUCUGUAUUUUAUUGCUAUUGUACUGUGUAUUGUUCAGAUAUAUAUUGCGAGAUUUCGUCGACUAAUUGCGCAGCAUUACUGGCCUGAACGAACAAUGCCACGUGCAUUAUGGUUGUAUAACAAAAUUCUUGAAGGUCGAAAAAAUAUACUAUCACAAAUGUUGAGAGCUGCUAAGGAAAAACAGUUAAGAGAAGAAUUAGCAGAAGAUGAGCUCAACGGACGUGGACAGCUUGUAACUCGUGGCUUGUCUAUACUUGGUGCUGAACAAUAUAAAUGCACGAGAUGCUUUAAGCCAGAUCUUAGAGUUACUGAUGCAAGUAAUGCAAGAGUGUGUCCUAACUGUAACAGUUUAUACUGUACUGAUUGCUAUGCUGUCAGACAGAGGUGCCUAAAUUGUGGUGCAAGUUUACAGGCAGUAUUGAAAGAAGUAGAUUUUUACGUAGAUAGUAGUUGUGAAGAAGAAGAAGUUUCAGAAGAAACAGGUGAGGCAGACUCUUCUGACUAUGAAUCAUUAUCAAAAACAGGCAGUGUACAAGUAAUGUACAAACGGUAUUAA